CGUAUGACAGCCAUCAGUUCGAUAAAUAUAUUUUCUGAUCCGUUCGACCGACGACUGCUCCAGUCGUGUUUCGAAAAAUGGCAGCAUUAAUUAAAGGAUUGAAACUUGUGUCACAAAUAUCCUCCAGGAAUUCAGCAUUGCUGGCCGUUGCUACCAGGAAUGCCCAUGGCUGGAACAAGGAUUUCAAACCAGGUAAAUUCCCGGAAACCGAGAAGGAGCGGGAAGCUGCUGCGCGAAAAUAUGGUUUACAUCCAUCUGAGUACAAAGUGUAUCCGGAUAAUGGUCUCGGUUACGGUGACUAUCCCAAACUGCCCGACGUACCUGUAGAAUCCAAAGAUCCUUAUUAUCCGUACGAUUUUCCGGAGCUCAGAAGGAAUCUACAUGAACCGAUGCAUGCUGAACCGGACUUCUGGGGCGAAGAUCGUUAUGGCUCAGCAGAGCCCCUACGUUACUCUCAGAGAACAUAUGUUCUGACGUUUCUGGCCGUGAUGACCGGCUGUUUCAUCAUUUACUAUUGGCUCGAAGAUUAUAAAAUGUUCCGGCCGGUAAUGGCCAAGCAAUAUCCCCACGAAGGCAAAAAUUACACAUUCGAGUCAAAAUAAACGAAAAGCUUCUAUCGAUUGUCGCUCUUUGGAGAAGCUUGAAAACAUUUUUUGUAAUGAUUCUCUCCAUUGGUGAAAUCGAAUCGAGUUUUUUGAAUAAUUAUCGAAAUUUGUAGGGAAAGCAGAAGUUAUCGUGUUGCUUGUUCAAUAACGGUGAAAUACUGUAAAUAAAUUGGUUACAAAUCGA